AUGGAACAGACACAAGUGGCGUCACCAGAUACCGCCCAGAACCAGGAGGCAUAUGAAGAGAAGAAUGUUCAUGAGAUAUAUCAGAAAAUUGCAAGCCAUUUUUCCUCUACCCGAUAUAAGCCAUGGCCAAUUGUGGAGCAGUUUCUCAAGGAAUUAGCUCCUGGGUCGGUGGGCUUGGAUGUGGGAUGCGGCAAUGGCAAGUAUUUGCCUGUGAACCCGGACGUUUUUAUUGUUGCUUCUGAUCGAUCCGAGAACCUUGCGCGGAUCGCUGUAAAGCAUCAGCCGCAUUCAGCCAUUGUUGCUGAUAUUCUAAAUUUACCACACCCUAACUCAUUUUUUGACUUUACCAUUUCAAUCGCUGUGAUACAUCAUUUGUCGACUUCUGACCGAAGAGUUCGAGCAAUACGCGAAAUUUUGCGUACAGUGAAACCGGCUACGGCGAAUGCAUCCGGUGGGAAAGCCCUAAUCUAUGUCUGGGCGCUAGAGCAGAAAGACAGCCGCAGGGGCUGGGACAAAGGCGACCAACAGGAUGUGAUGGUUCCAUGGGUUAUGAAAAAUAACCCAUCCAAAGAUGGCUCAAGUGAGCAGUCAACAGUAUUCCAUCGUUAUUACCAUCUUUAUGAGGAGACUGAACUUGAGCGUGAUAUAAGGAUGGCAGGCGGCUUUGUCCUAGAAUCGGGUUAUGAGAAGGACAAUUGGUGGGCAAUCGCGACUCGGUUUGACCAGGGAAUAUGA